UCAAGCUGCCAAUGAAGGGAACAAGGAAAGAAUGCUUAUGAGAAGAUACUGUAGCUACAGUUUCAUCGUUGUUGUUAUUGCUCUUGUUUUUGUCCAUAGUAGCUGUAAUAGUAUGUUCAGUAAAAGUGAUACAGUGCCAGCAUAUAGUUUUAGCAGUAAUAUUCACUGAAUAUGGUGCUCGUGUAAAAGAUGGCAGCUGUUUUUUUUCCUGGCUUGUUUCCUUGUGUGCGAUGUAUUUAUAACCUCCAUUUGCAGUAUUUGAGUAUGUUAUGUGAAGUGCUGUGCAAACAUUUAGCUUUUUUGCUCUCAUUUCACAAGAAACAAGCAAGGUGUCUCUUUAUUGUAUGGCUUUAAAAGACUUGAAGUGCAUGGCACAGAAUUUCCUUUGUAAGUCCACCAAAAGUGGCCUGAGACAGUGUGUUUAUUUUUGAAAAUCAGACGGGAUACUUGUCAGCGUUUCUGUGCUUGGAGUAAAGACCGUGUGACGCGAGGAAAACGAGAAUCACUUUUGCAGGACUCCUCCCAUUUCAUCACAAGGGACAGUCGGGCAGGUAGUGAGAAAUGUAACCCUAGGUUAGCAUUUUACAGACCAUGUGUAAAAGAGUAACCAAGACGUGCUCAUCACUCAGAGGGCAAAGGAACUUCUCAGGCUCCUUGAAAGAAUGACACUGUCUGAAUCCCUUUUGGACAUGGAUGUACCAAAUUACAGCGAAGGGUUGGAUCCAGAUUACACGACACUUGAGUUUGAAAAUACGCAUGUGCUGUACGGAGAUACAGACCCCGUUCCUGUCGAACCCGCGGCCAUGGACACGCCCGAGAGUGGUCUGAGCUCGCUCUGCUCCAUCUGCGGGGACCGAGCCACGGGGAAGCACUACGGGGCGUCGAGCUGCGACGGGUGCAAGGGCUUUUUCAGAAGAAGCAUCCGGAAGAGACACGUUUACUCGUGCAGGUUCAAUCGACAAUGUGUUAUUGACAAAGACAAAAGAAAUCAGUGUCGAUCUUGCAGACUGAAUAAAUGUUUUCAUGCAGGAAUGAAGAAAGAAGCCGUACAGAAUGAAAGAGACCGCAUCAGCUCCAGGAGAAACGCGUACGAGGCCCAAAGCCUGCCGCCCAUCACUGUGCUGACGCAGGCGGAAAGUCUCUCUCGGCAGAUCAGUUUGCCCAGCCCAGGAGUUCCCACAGAUAUAUCAGCCAAGAAGACUGCCAGCAUCACUGAUGUGUGCGAUUCUAUGAAGCAGCAGCUGCUCGUGCUGGUAGAGUGGGCUAAAUACAUCCCAGCUUUCUGUGAAUUGCCACUUGAUGAUCAGGUGAGUUUAUUACGGGCUCAUGCCGGGGAGCAUCUCAUUCUGGGAGUGGCCAAGAGAUCAGUGCCUUACAAAGACAUCCUUUUGCUUGGUAACGACCACAUUAUCCAUCGGAAUUGUCCGGAAGCAGAAAUCUGCAGAGUAGCUAAUAGGAUUUUGGAUGAGCUUGUCACACCAUUCCAGGAGAUUCAGAUUGACGACAAUGAAUAUGCAUCCCUGAAGGCAAUAGUUUUCUUUGACCCAGAUGCCCGCAGCCUGGGGGACCCCUCCAAGAUCAAGAGCAUGCGCUGCCAGGUGCAGAUGAGCCUGGAGGACUACAUCAACGACCGGCAGUACGACUCCCGCGGCCGGUUCGGCGAGCUGCUCCUGCUGCUGCCCACCCUGCAGAGCAUCACCUGGCAGAUGGUCGAGCAGCUGCAGUUCGUCAAGCUCUUCGGGCUGGCCAAGGUCGACAGCCUGCUGCAGGAGAUGCUGCUGGGAGGGACAGCCGCAGAGCCCACACACUUCCACCACCCUGUCCAUCCACACGUCGCUCAGGACCCCCUGACUGGGCAGACUGUUCUAAUAAGCACACUCCCCACCCCUGUGCAUCCAGAACAGAUUGCUACUCCUGAAACUCCUUUGCCAUCACCACCACAGGGAUCCGGGCCAGACAUUUACAAAGUCAUCACAGACCAGGCUGUGGGUGUUCCUGGACAGGAGAUUUCCAAACAGAAGGUCUCAUGACUUUUGACGUCAAAGACCACUGAAAUGGAAUGUUUAAAAAAAAAACAUAAAAAUUGGACAUUAAAAAGUAAAGUGUGCUUGUAAGUGCAUAUGCAUUUAAAUACUGUUGGACUAUCAACCGUUACCAAAGAAACUUCAGACCUGACAAAAGAAUAAUGGUGAACAUUGUUCAUAAAUACUGUAGAUGAGCAUAGUGAGUCUAGUGAAGAUCGGUUAAAUCUCAAAACAUGUUUAUUCUUUUGUAAAAAAAUGUGCUUAAUUCAAUUAAAAAAUAUUUUAAUAAUGAAUUUUAUUACAAAGCUAAAUAUUAAAGAUAAAUAAUAGAUUUUCAUGAAGUGGCAAGUUUUUAUUAAAAAGUUAUUUAAAUAAGUGUACCAUAGAAUAAAAAAUAUUCACACCAUUUUCUUAAAUAUAUUAUAUGCUCUCCUUGUGGAUCUUUUAAAAUCUUUUAUUCAUUGUGUUCCAUUUGAGCACUCUUGGCAUCUUUUGUUUUUUUCUGCCUGUUGUUUUUUGCGGAAUUUCUAUGGCUGCUCCACAGUGGAGGGGUGAUGACAUUUGGCUGAGGCCUGCCCACGGCAUCUCAGUUCACAUCCAGUGACUGAAAAAGUUGCAUCUUUGCUUCAGAAAUUCAGUGGUUGUUUUUUGUGCCACAUGUUUAGUUUUUUCACCAUGUUGGAGUAUGAAAUUUCAACCAACAAGCCUGCGAGCUGAUGGGGUCCUUGUGUUUCUUGAUAUUUGGUUGCAAAUUAGGUGUCUCCUGUAAAACAUUUCACUGAUAAAUCAAGGUGAAGGCGUAAAGGACCCAACUCCUUGAUUAUCGUUAGGGAUCAGAUCACUGUCUUCAACAACUGUGCAUUUAGGCCUCCUAAUAUACUGUAGAUUACAUUUUGGAAAAGGUUUCCUAAAUCAGCUGUAGGUAUCGGGACAAAGAAUGUUGUCACAGUAUUCAGAAAAGUUGACUGACUAUGGCCUCCCGGCGUUUUUACUGUUCCGGUAGGUUCUCUCUGCAUCUCUCCAUACUAGUUCAGGUGGGUAGCUGCG